AUGCUGGUGACGCAGGACUAUGUGGCAGUGAAGGAGGAUGAGAUCAGUGUUGUGCAGGGUGAGGUGGUCCAGAUGCUAGCCAGCAACCAGCAGAACAUGUUCCUGGUGUACCGGGCCUCCAACGAGCACUCCCCUGCCGCUGAGGGCUGGAUCCCUGGCUACGUGUUGGGACACACCUCAUCCUCCGUCACACCCGAGCUACCCGAAGGAACCAUCAAAAAAUCAUUGUCAUGGCACACAGCCCUGCGUAUCCGCCGCAAGUCUGAGAAGAGAGACAAGGAGGGCAGGAAACUGGAGAACGGUUACCGCAAGUCUCAGGACAACCUGGCCACCAAGGUGUCUGUUAAGCUUCUGAAUCCCAACUACAUCUAUGAUGCACCACCAGAGUUCCUCAUCCCCCUCAGCGACGCCUCCUGUGAGAGCGGCAACAGCGUCAUCUUGAGGUGUAAAGUUUGCGGUCGGCCUCGGGCCACCGUCGCAUGGCGUGGACCCGACGACGACAUCCUGAGCAACGACGGACACUACAGCAUCACAUACAGUGAAACAGGAGAGGCCUCUCUUCAUGUCCUGGGGGUGUCUUUAGAGGACAGUGGUGUGUACACCUGUGUGGCCACGAACAUGGCAGGCACCGUUACCUCCUCUGCCAGCCUCACAGUAUCAGCGCCUGAUGAUGGCAGCGAAGACAUCUGGAAGAGUAGUUUUGAGUCUUACUACACUGAGAUUACAGAACUCGGAAGGAGACCCUCCUCUCCGCUCUGCAGGGGCCGGUUCUCAGUGACUAAGAGGUGUGACCAGCGGGGCAGCAAACGCACCAUCGCAGCGAAACACGUCAACAAGAAGCUGCUGCGUCGGGAGCAGGUGCUGCAGGAGAUCAGGCUCCUGCAGACCCUGGACCACCCCAACCUGGUCAAACUUCUGGACACGUACGAGACAGCCAGCAGCUACGUCCUCGUCCUGGAGAUGGCAGACCAGGGACGUUUCCUCGACUACAUAGUGAGCUGGGGGAACCUGACCGAGGAGAAGGUGGCGUUCUACCUCCGAGACCUGCUCGAAGCUCUCCAGUACCUGCACCGCUGGCAGAUAGCCCACCUGGAUCUCAAACCUGAGAACAUCGUGGUGGAGCACGUGUCCUCUCAGCCUGCGAUCAAGCUGACGGACUUCGGCGACGCCGUUCGGCUGAACCCUCACUCCUCCUACAUCCAUCCUCUGCUGGGGAGCCCCGAGUUCUCCGCCCCUGAGCUGGUCCUGGGUCAGCCCGCCUCACUGAUGUCUGACCUCUGGAGCUUAGGUGUGGUGACCUACGUCCUCCUGAGCGGCGCCUCUCCCUUCCUGGACGAAAGCCUGGAGGAGACGUGUCUGAACAUCUGCCGCCUGGACUUCAGCUUCCCCGAGGACUACUUCCAGGGCGUGAGCGCGGCCGCCAGGGACUUCGUCCGCCUGCUGCUGCGGGGCGAGCCCGAGCGACGGCCCCCCGCCGCAUCCUGCCUGCAGGAGCCGUGGCUCCGGCCUCAGGGCGGCCCCGCCAGAGACGGCGGGUACAGGCCGCCGGGCCGGCCGCCGCCGCCGCCGAGUCACCGGGGCGUCCCCCUGGACACCUCCAGGCUCAUCUCCUUCAUCGAGCGGCGGAAACAUCAGAACGACGUCCGGCCCGUGGGCACGGUGAAGGCCUUCCUCCAGAGCCGCCUCCUCAGCCACGCCUGACGACACGAGGAGAGCAACUCCCGCCGCUGCCUCCAUCAAGAAAAGCUACUGAGACCUUCAGCGACACCAAAAUCCCCUCCUCCCUCAUGAAGCCACACAAGUCCUGCUGCUGCUGACUGACUGAUGAAACCUUUGACCCCGCCCCCCUUCUUAUUUAACUUCUUUGGCAUAUUUAUAAUAUGCCUGCACAACAAAUGAACUGUUGGAGUCUGUGUGAGAUUUCAAGCUAUGACUCAGUGAGAAAAAAAAGAGAUUUCUUAACUAAGAGCAAACGUUAUGUUUGGGACAGUGUUAAACAAAGAAAACUGUAUAAUAGGAAUAAUUCAGGCUGCUUUCUGUCGAACAAGAGAAAAAUGUUUUUGUUUUUUUUAACGAAAGAUGACUUUUGUUUUUUUUGUAAAUGAAAGUAUGUACAGUGGAGGAAACAGAAUUGUCUUAAUUCAAAUCUUUUUUAAAUUAUUAUUUUGGAAAACAAAGGCUAGAGAGGAAGAGAGAAAAUAUGAGUCGAUAUCAUCAGCAGUGGCUCCCGUCAGCAGGAUCCACCUGUUUGCGAAGAAAAGAAGCACCAAAACCACUUUUUUUUCUUUCCUUCUUUUCCAGAGAGACAUUAAAGUUCCAUCGUGUGCAAUAGUCAGCUUCUGUUCAUCGCCCCGCCUCAGUUCGAACAAACAAAGACUUGAAAGAGCCUCCACUUUUAAAAGAAACGUGCAUAUUUUGGCAACGCUUCCCAGAUCUCCAGCUGCAUCCGCCUUAGUUGUAAAUAACUUUUUUUUCCCUGCUUUAUGGAUUUUUGAAGAAUUUAUCUCAAAAAAAUGAACAAAAAGCUAUUUUGUCUGCCGACCUCCGGUGAGCCCAGACCUGGAUUCUGAUGCAGACGAGACGGAGCGACCCGAGAAAUGCACUCGUGUUCCGCAUCAUGUGCAAUGUUGCAGCUUUACCAUGUAUGCAACUAUUUAUGAAGACUUGUGUUGUAGCUCUAUUCUUCAAAAAACAAACAAAAACGGAACAAAAAAGGAAAAAAAAAACAAAGGCAUGUAUGUACCUGGUACUGCAAUCGGUGUCUGUAUUGUGUUAACUUUUAUGUAUUAAGUUCAGUAUUAAUAUCUGCAAAACCACUAAAACUAUGAAGGGUUUUGUGAAAUAAUGUAUAGAAAUAUGUAUCUAUAAAUUUACAGACACUUCCAUUUUUAACGUUA